GCUCUGGCUUGUUCUUCCCCCUUCUUGGCUCCAAAGCACCCCACCCCACCCCACGAAACCGAAUGCCAGGCUCCCAUUGGCUCGGCGUUUCUGCCGAGACGGCAUCCUUCCCAGGCCGGCCAGGUUCUUAAACCAAGGGUGCCACCCUCCGAGGCACCCAUCGCCAAGGAACCGCCAUCUCCACCAUCGCCAACUGUUCCCCUCCAUGUGGCUGUAGGGAUUGUACAGUAACCAAAAAAAAAAAGAAAGAAGAGGGGGGGAAAAAGCCAUGGGGACCCCAGGCAGCUCAGGAAGGGAGAGAGCCCUUCUUCUGCUCACGGUGCUGGUUUCGACAAUGGGUAAGUCGGUGUUUUGAUGGGAAGGGGUCCUGGGGGUCAUCUAGUCUGACCCCAGCAGAUCGAUGCAGGGGUGAAGUGUCUCUGGCAGGUGGCCGCCGGACCACUGCUUCCAUACCUCUGGUGAAGGAGCGUUUGCCGCUUGUUAGGAAACAUAGGAAGGCGGCUGCCUUAUAGCGAGCCAAAACACUGUUCCAUCAAGCUCAGUGCGGUCUGCACUGGCUGGCAGAGUCUUUCCAGGGCAGCAGGCAUUGGGACACUCCCAGGGACUGAGCAACGGACAACAAGUCUUUUACAUAUUCAGAGAUAUUGGGCAGUCCCCUUCGCGACUCCUCUUAAUACCCAUGGGAAAAGGAGGGAGAAGUUGGUGGUCAUCAGGAGAACUCAAAUGACGAGGCGUUCAGAGGUAGACUGCUUGUGAGUGAGGAGGCUCCAUUUUGCUAUCGCAAGGGGCCUGCCCCCCGUGACUGUGAUUUAAUUUAGUGGGGGCCGCUGGACUUGGGUUCAAAUUCCACCGUGGCUAUUGUGCAGAAUAGUCACUCCUUGCUAACAUAGGGGCUGCCUUGUCAGUUCACGCAGUUCAGAAAUGGGGAGCCUGGGGCUCUGCAGGUGUUGUUGGAGUACAACACCCAUCAUUCCUGACCUUCAGCCAUGCUUGCUGGGGCUGAUGAGAGCUGCUGAUAACAACAUCUGGAUGGAGGGCUCAUCACCCUCCUCCCAGGAGCAGCCAGCCAGAUGUGACCAUGGAAGGGCAUUCAGGCAAUGGCUUUCCCUUCUUCCCCCCCUCACACAUGCUAUUCAGAGGUAGACUGUCCCUGAACCUGGAGGUUUCACCAUUAGCUGUAAUUGUUCCUGCUAAUUCUGAUUCUGUACCUAUUUAGCUAUCACGCUAAGCAGAUCUGUGUAUUCUCUGUGAUUUUCUCUAAUACUUUUCAUUUAUUUAUUUUCCUGUUGUUGAAAAUGUUCGCGGCACUUGGGGGGGAAAUAUUUAAGUGAUUUUCAGCGUAUAUUUUUAUCUUGAUGUAAUCUGUAACUAAAGCAGUAAUGUGUGUAACAGCAAAAGUAAUAGGUUUCAUCCAAUGCUGGUCCUCAGGGUAGACUCAUUGAAGUGAACUGACUGACUAACUAAAACUCAUUCAUUUCAGUGGGGUUGCUCUGAGCAGGACUUAGAUACAGCCCAAUGAUAAUAACUAAACCCAACUCAGAGUAGACCCAUUGAAAUCCAUGACCAUGACUAACCUAAUUGGUUUUAAUAGGUCUAAUCUGAGUAGGAACUUAGCUGGAUACCAACCAAUAAUCAUAAUCAUGUCGCAGAGUUCCACAAGCGAAUUGUGUAUUAUAUCUAUCCUGAAUCUACUGUUCAUCUUUUCUUUUUUUUUGUGGGGAGGGGGGUGGAAUCCUGGUCUGGGUGCCCUAUAUUUAUUGUUACUUGUGCCUCAUAGUGGUAGUCUAUAAUGUGGUUUGAUCUGGGCAGCAAUGGUGGGGUGCUGGAGUGAUCCAGAGAUGAUCUCGUUAUCUAGGAAAGGAGUUGACAAUAGUGGCUUUCUGGAACCCACCCAGACCUGUGAUUUUGGGUCUUCCAGGGAUGCCAAAGUUGCAGCCCUGGAAGUCCAGGAUGGUGACUCAGUAUUAGCAUGAGAUAUAAUAAUAAUAAUAAUAAUAAUAAUAAUAAUAAUAAUAAUAAUAAAUAUUUUAUUUAUAUCCUGCCCUCCCCGGCCAAAGUCGGGCUCAGGGUGGCUAACAUCAGAUAUAUAACAUUAGUAUAAAAUCAAACAAUAAUUAAAUUGCCUCCUAAAAACAGGUCAAAAUCAAAUUAAAGUCUAAUUAGAUGGCUUUCCGCAGGGUUAGGGUUAUAUGUUUUGUAAUUAUUUAUACUUAGAAGCCUAAAAUCCCAGGGUGCUUUCAGAUUACCUGUUCAUUGAACAAACACCCUGAUUUAUUUUCAGGGUGGAUAGACGAGGUGGCAUAAUCCUGCGUCGCAGAGGGUUGGCUUGGAUGACCCUCGUGAUCCCUUCCAAUUCUACAAUUCUUUGAUUUGGCACAGGGACAAAAAUUGCCCAAAUACCGAUCGUUUUCCUUUUUUUAAAACAGCCACAAAGACCUAUUGCAGUCGUAACUUAAAUUGCUUCCAUCUCAGCUGAGAGGUGUGUUAGAAGAACAAAGCGAUGCAUUUUAUAUUGCUCUGGGACCUCUUUCCAUUCUCUUUUGGAAAAUCGAUAGUGUGAGCGUGAGAGAGUGAGUGCAAGCAAAGCGAGCCAUUAGGAAAUACAUUGUCCUUUAACUGUCCCCGACCUCCUGACAAGGAGGAUGGCUCGACUUCCAUGUCUGACCUGAAGUCUCCAGGUUUGCUUGGCCUCCUCCAUGUGGCAGGUGGAGAGACUGAAUCUCCAGGUGUGUGAGAGUGGUGUGCCUUUAAUAAUAAAACAUGUUUGCGCUGCGCAUGCAGCUUGCAAGCUUCAGCCCAGAAGGAGCUGGUUGCAAAUUAUAGCAGAGACUCUUCUGUGGGGGGGGGGGGGGUCUGUCCUCCUUUGCUCCCCUUUCCCAAUUAACCUCCGUCUCCAGGGCCUGCCCCUGUGACAUCACCAGAAGCCAUCCCUAGGUCUCAGGACUGAACCCUGAAACCACCAGGUGCUCCUAACCUGGAAACCUUACUGACAAGUUCAAUUUAUACGUGAUCGUGGCCUCCCAUGCUUUCUCGUUUUUUCCAAUCUCUAGUUGGAUGGAGCUCUAAGAAUGCCCCUCCUUUUUUUUUGCUGCCUGGGCAAGUCUUUGCAGGGUGACAAGGGUGUGCAGAAGGUCCUUAGGACUUUUUAUUUAAUAAAAUGCAAUAUCCUGCCCUCUGCUUCAUUGGGGAUGUGCCUCUCCUGCCACCCCAACCCCCCAAUGAAGUUUACAGUUAUGAAAAUUUAAAAAUAAGGAAAUUAGAAAAACAUACAACACAAUGCAGUCUAAACACAGCAGUGGAAUCAAGAAACAGAAAAUGUGAGAGAGGAGUCAUAAUCCUGGGAAUUGUAGUUUACCCCUCACAGAGUUUAAAUUCCCUUAACAAACUAGUUCCCAGAAUUCUUGCAUAUGUGUGUAUGUGCAUUCUUUAAAUGUAGGAGGUACGCAGACAUUAACAGAAAUAUAGGAGGCUGGCUUGUCCUGGUCCAUUUUGCUCAUUACUGUCUGCACUGACUGGCAACAGCUUUCGUGCAGGGAGUCUUUCACAGUCCAACGUGGAGAUGCUGAGGAUUGGGACCUCCUGCAUGCCAAGCGGUAGCCUUGCCACCCAGCUAUAUGGCUGCUCCUUCAGAAUGGGGAUGUGAGAGAUCAAGGGGACAUAAGAAGCUUGCCUUUUCCCAAGUUGGAUUCUUUCUCCAUCUAUCCCCAUAUUGUCUACUCUGACUGGCAGCUGCACUGCAAGGACUCAGGCAGCUGCUUGGCUGGGAAAAGGGUUUGAGAGGGGAAACGCAUCAAGCGACAGUACUUCCCGGGAAACAACAGGCUCGAUAUGGAUUUGUGGCAAACGUCACAUGGCAGCAGCUUCGGAAGGCUAGGAGUGUGAGUGCGCUGGAAAUGGGAUUAAGUGGCAAUGUGUAGACUGCCUAGAAUUAGCAAUCUCUGCCUGCCAUUGGCUCUGGCGCCACCUACUGUUGGGCUCCCUGCUUUCUGCUCUGAAAGUCCCAAAGGUUCAAUAGCUACCAUUGAGGGCAUCCAAUCUACAAUAGCUAUUGGUUACAAUAGAACACUUUUCCCCCAGUCUAAUUUAGAGGUGGGAAGAGGCAGGGAAGGACUCUGGAGGGACCAUCUUGGAGGCUGCAGCUAUAAGCAGUCACUGCAUUGAGCCAGACAGGAGGGGUCUCAGGCUGGUCUCCAAAAUUCCAUGUCCUGAGUUCUGAUUGUGUUGUUGGAUGUAAAAAUCAGGUUGCAUAAUGGCAGAUUUUCCCUUGACUCCCAGCUUGGAAGAAAGGCGGGAUAUAAAGUCUAACAACAACAACUGGGAAAUAAUAAGUCUAUCUGCUUACAUAUAUACUGCAUAGUUCUGUAAACUUAAUUACAUUUUAUUGUUAUUUCGUUAUUGCUGUUUUCCUUGGCUUUCUUUGUUUUUUAUGUACUGUAUUUCCCCCCCUUUUCAUUUCCCCCCCUCUUUUCUUUUUCUUUUCCUUAUUCACUUUCACUCACUGCAAAAAUGUCAAUAAAAAUUUCAGGUAGGUAGACAUAUAUAGGAUGGUGCUGUUACCCAUUCUACAGAGAGACAUAAAAUGCCUCCUUUUUCAGAUUGCACAUGGCUGUAUACACCCUGCCCAUAUAAAGCACAUGACUUCCCCCAAAGAAUCCUGGGAACUGAAAUUUAGCUUUUACAGAGCUACAGUUCCCAGCAGCCUAAGCAAACCACAGUUUCCAGGACACUUUGUCAGAAACACAUGUGCUUUAAAUUGACAUAGUGUCCCCCCAGUAGGAAAGUGUGUCUUGGGCCACAGGUAUACUAGUUUCCAUCUAGUAUAUGCAAUGUAACAGUUUUGGACAACUGUACACUCCAUAUCCCCUGUACAGGGUGAGAAAUCUGCAAAUGUCUCCACUAGCAACUUUAAAAAUAUAGUAGUUAAGGUGCACUAGACAAUUUUGUAAAGUUCAUCUUUCCUUACCAAGGAGAAAUACCCGUAAGAAUGUUAAUAUCUGAGGGAGGGAGUGUAUUUAUUUAAUAUAUUUCUGUUCUGCACCUUCUGCAUAAGUUUCCCAAGCCAAUAAGAACAUGAGAACAUAGUGUGUAUGUGUGUCAUUGUAUGAACUGUACAUUUAAAGGACAUUUAAAGGACACUUCUCCCGACAAAGAACCCUGGGAAUCACAGUUUGUUAAGGAUGCUGGGAAUUGUAGUUCUGUGAGGGGUAAACUACAGUACCCGAGAAGCUUUGAGUGGUGGUGCUUUUAUUCAUAGCAGUACAGUGGUACCUCGGGUUAAGUACUUAAUUCGUUCUGGAGGUCCGUUCUUAACCUGAAACUGUUCUUAACCUGAAGCACCACUUUAGCUAAUGGGGCCUCCUGCUGCUGCUGCGCCACCGGAGCACGAUUUCUGUUCUCAUCCUGAAGCACUAUUUCUCAUCUCUUAACCUGAAGCACUAUUUCUGGGUUAGCGGAGUCUGUAACCUGAAGCGUAUGUAACCUGAAGCGUAUGUAACCUGAGGUACCACUAUAUCAGAAAAGUUAAAGCACUGUCUAAAGGCAGAGAGAAACGAGGCUGACCCAUAAGACUUGGUGGCUCUCUGCUGGUCAUUCAUUACCCAUUUGAUGAAUGAAUCUUACAAAUCGAAUAUCCCAAAACGUUAUGAACAUAAGCAGAGCCUGGUGGAUCAGGCCUACAGCCCAACUAGUCCAGCAUCCUGUUUUCACAGUGACCAACCAGAUGCCUGUGGGAAACUCGCCAGCAGGACCCGAGCGCAAGAGCAACUCUCCCCUCCUGUAGUUUCAGGAGCAAUUCAGAAGCACUGCUGCCUCCAACUGUGGAAGCAGCAACUGUGCAAGAAGGUAGAAGGUAAAGGUAAAGGACCCCUGGACAUUUAAGUCCAGUCAAAGGCGACUUUGGGGUUGUGGCGCUCAUCUCGCUUUCAGGCCGAGGGAGCUGGCGUUUGUCCACAGACAGCUUUCCGAGUCAUGUGGCCAGCAUAACUAAACCACUUCUGGUGCAAUGGGACACCGUGACGGAAGCCAGAGCGCACGGAAACGCCGUUUACCUUCCUGCCACAGCAGUACCUAUUUAUCUACUUGCACUGGCGCGCUUUCGAACUGCUAGGUUGGCAGGAGCUGGGACAGGGCAACAAGAAAUGCAUAAUGCAACUGUGGAACUGUGCAUUAUGCAUUUCUGUGGAAAUACUGGGAACCUGGUCCUCAAUUUACCUACUAAUACCAAGCAAGUUUCAAUUUCUACUCCAGCCCUUUUGCUUGUUUUGCUUCUUUCUUCUUUAGUGGAUAUGCUUCGUACAACUUUUGUAUUUAUUUAUUUACGUACUUACUUACUGGUUGUUGUUGUUUAGUCGUUUAGUUGUGUCCGACUCUUCGUGACCCCAUGGACCAGAGCACGCCAGGCACUCCUGUCUUACUUACUAUAUGGAAACACUAGAUAUGGCUAGCUUCUGCUUUUGCAAUCCCAUUCUGUUAAAAAGUCAUAAAAAAUAAAUUGGAAAAUAAAGCUUAUUUGGGAGUGAGGUGGGUAUGCUUUCAAUGUAUGGUGUAUAUGCAGCCCAGGACUAUUUUGUACAAAUACCCUUAUCUUCCUAGAUUCAGUAUUCUAAGCAUAGCAAUUACGGGCUUCUUAAUGAUACCAUCUGGGAUGUGCCAAUUGAGACAUGUUGUGCAAAUAAUUUCAAAAUGUAGAAUUAGGGGCUUUAAUUCACUUUACUUCUUGUUGGUUAUUUUACAGUGAGAAUUUAUUGUGCAUUUUAAAGCAAGGCCAUUUGGAAAGGUACCACAACAAUCCAAACAAGUUUCCACCAAAAUUAUAGUUGCUGAGUCAUUAAGCUUUGCCAAAUUUAUGGGUUCCCCAGCCCAUGCCAGUUUAAUGCAGUAUUUGUAAAGAGACAGAGUUUUAUGGACCGUACCCAAUGAAAUUUUGGAGUCAGCCAUUUCCAGCUUGGUUUUAGGAAAUAAGCAACCACAUUUUCCUCGCAUACAAGUAGCAGGAAAGUUUUGCUUUCAGUAAAAUCCUGAGCAGCAGUAAGCUCAGUACAAAGGAAGGUACAGUUGUACCUUGGCUCUCAAAUUUAAUCCAUUCCGGGAGUCCAUUCAACUCCCGAAACGGUUCGAAAAUCAAGGCCUGGCUUCCAGAAGCUGCGUCGGACAUUUGGCUUCCAAAAAAAUUUGCAAACCAGAACACUCACUUCCAGGUUUACAACGUUCGGGAGCUGAUUUGUUCGACAACUAAGGUGUUCAACCACCAAGGUACCACUGUAUUUCUCUACACAGUGUAAGGUAAAGGUAAAGGGACCCCUGACCAUUAGGUCCAGUCGUGGCCGACUCUCAGGUUGCGGAACUCAUCUCGCUUUAUUAGUCAUGUGGCCAGCAUGACUAAGCUGCUUCUGGCAAACCAGAGCAGCGCACGGAAACGCCGUUUACCUUCCCGCCGGAGCGGUAUCUAUUCAUCUACUUGCACUUUGAUGUGCUUUCAAACUGCUAGGUUAGCAGGAGCAGGGACCGAGCAACGGGAGCUCACCCCGUUGCGGGGAUUCAAACUGCCGACCUUCUGAUCGGCAAGUCCUAGGCUCUGUGGUUUAACGCACAGCGCCACCUGCAUCCCUUACACAGUAGUAAGGUUAACCCCGAAUUACAGGCCUCCAAGGAAAUUGCAGCAAACACACAAGCUGUGUACAGUGGUCUGCUAGGCUCUCUUGAUAAUUAUUUCUAUGCUGCCUGCCUGGGACUGCAAAAACAAAACAGAACACAAAACCCACCAGGAAGCCUGUCAGGCCAUAAUACUUGAGGCUGACAGCCUGUGUUUGGUUUGGUGUGUUGCAAGGAUGGCUCCACAACCAGGUGGAGUCAGAUGGCCACCUCAGGAAGUAAGUAAGAAUUUCCCCAACUGCCCUGAGGGGGUGGCAGGUCUGGUGGAAAACAUUGUGCCACCACCUCUGUCAAAACAUAGGCUCUUCUGGACGACCUGUCCAUCGAGCAUCUGUCCUGAGUUGUUUGUGGGGGAUGUUGUGCCAAAAACAAGUGUUGUCCCGCCUUUUCCUGCUCACUUUCCUUAUGGCAGAAAGUCCAAUUUUUGAGGGAAGCAGGUCAGCAGCGCAAGGCCUGCCAGUCAACGAUAACUGCGUGACUUGAACUUGCUGGUCUGUGAUUGAAAUCCCACUCCUAAAAUAGCGACAGUCAGAAAGUGCCCUAAGAUUGAACUCCCCUUCCAGCCAGGAUCAGGACAUGGAAAGAGAGAGAGAGGAGCCAUCUCGCCCCUUUGCCUCAGGCAGCAAAAUACCUUGGCCCAAAUCGGAUGCGUUCGCACAAUAUGCAGGCCUGUUUUAUUGGCCAUGCGGGAGAGAAGAAAAAGAACGGGGACAAAAUCUCCUGGCUCAGGGAAAUUGCCCGACAUGUUGGAAUUUGUACCCCGGGGGUGGAACGACAAAAAGACGGGAUUGUGUGGCGUACAAUGCCCUCUUUGAUUCCAAAUGUCGCCCUGGAGGCUUCUGGGUAGAUCAGCAAUGUUCCCCAGCCCCUUUCAGUGGCGAUGGUGGACCACAGCAAGGUUCUGCAGAAGGAACCUCCUACACUACAGAUGGAUGGGCGAGGGGGUGUGGAGACAGGAACAAAGUCUUACAGAGAGCGGUCACACUGGGCCAGUCUCAUGAGUCAGAGCUUUGCAUAUUCUUCCUUCCAAACAAGGGAGCUGUGUACACCUCCACCACCCCACGUAGGUCUGCCUCUCACACUCCAGGCCAGAGGAAGCAUAUGACAUGCCUGGGCAUCUCCCCAGGUCACCUUGUUUCUGCAGUGAUUUAAGAGGGCCGGUCCUACCAUUAGGGAGAGUGAACUCACUGGUGACGGCUGAAUUCGAAUGUCAUGAAAAGAUGGCAAAAUAUUAGUGGGUAUUGUAUUCAUUAUUAUUGGUGUGUGGUUGUUGUUUUUUACUGCCAGGGCGGGGGACAAGUCCCUUACUGGCUCUGAUACAAAAAUAAUUUGACUGGUCUUGGGUAGAAAAUGACUUUCCUUACAGGAAGGGAAAAUAUCAGUUGCUAGGAAAAGUUUUGAUGAAACCAGGCUCUCUCUGUCCUCACAUCUGCACCACACAUUUAAACCACACAACUGCAGUUUGUCAAGGAAUCACUCACUCUGAAAUAUAGCUGUAAUGGAGAAAAGUAUGCAUAACUUGAGAUUUCAACCCCAGACACCUUUUAUAUGCUUUGGCAUUCUUUUAUGGCAUACUAUAUAGCGAAACCCCAGAGUCAGCCACGACUGGACCUAAUAGUCAGGGGUCCCUUUACCUUUUAUAUAGCGAAACCAUUGUUUUAAAGACAACCCAUGACACAAGCCUGGCAAAUCUGGAGCAACACUUGAUAAUCAUAAAGGUAAAGGUAAAGAUUGAUAAUCAUAUCAAUCAUAUGAUUGAUAAUCAUAGAGCUGCCAUAUUUCAAAAAGUAAAAAGUAAGAUUCAGGACAAGCCGCUGCCUUCUGGAAAUUCUCCCCGGACAUCACUUCUGACUUUGAAAUCCCAGUAAUGUCCAGGAAAAUCCGGUUAUAUGGCAGAUCUAAUAAUAUGAUAACGCUGAUAGUCUUUACUUGGACCUUAACCCAUAUGCAACUGCACUCAGUCAAUGUACGUAUUUUAUAGUUUUGUUUUUUAUUUUACUUUUACUCUGUUCUUAUAAUUGUUCUCUUUGCUUUAUAUAGUUGUACAAAUACAACAGGGGUUUGUUUUGUUUUUGCUCAAUGAAUGAGUAGAGGACCACAGUCAAAGAUAUUCAAGAAUGUUUUCAGAAAUAUAAAUUAACUUACUCUUUAAUUUGUUAUUUAGCUGGCAGUGAAGUUCCCUGGUUGUUUAAUUUAAUUUAUAUUUAUUUAAAGCAUUUUUAUAUUGCUCUUAAGGCCAAAACAAAGGAUCUCAGUGUGUCUUAAACAGCUAUGUCUCCUGCCCUUUCCACCUAAAAAUCUAUGGCAUGAAAGGAAGAUAAUACAGUGGUACUUCGGGUUACAUACGCUUCAGGUUACAUAAGCUUCAGGUUACAGACUCCGCUAACCCAGAAAUAAUACCUCGGGUUAAGAACUUUGCUUCAGGAUGAGAACAGAAAUUGUGCUCCGGCGGUGCGGCAGUAGCAGGAGGCCCCAUUAGCUAAAGAGGUGCUUCAGGUUAAGAACGGUUUCAGGUUAAGAACGGACCUCCGGAACGAAUUAAGUACUUAACCCGAGGUACCACUGUAGUCUGUUCUUUCAGCUACCAUCAUCCCCGGCCCUUGGCCAUACUUGCUAGGACUGUAAGGAGUUGUACUUCAGCAACACCUGGAUGGCCAAAUGUUCCCCAUACCUAGUGUGUACAUAGCCAUUAAUAAUAAUAAUAAUAAUAAUAAUAAUAAUAAUAACCUGCACUUCACCUUAAGGUCCCAGGGUGAGUUACAAAAUGAAAACACAAUUAAAAAUAAUUUAAAACAACUAAAACACUUAGCUGAAAUGAAGAGGAGAGGCUCCCAAAGCAGCUUACAAAUGUCAGUGGUAAAGCAGUCCCUGCCAUUGUGUUUACAAUCUAAAAGACAUGGCACAAAAGGAGAAAGGGGUGGGAAGGGAGGACUAAUGACGGGGGAAGCGCACAAUACAUGUCUCUCAUUUUCUCUCCUUUGCAGUGCUAACUCCAACUUUGGCCAUCCACGUUUACACAGACCGAGAAGUCCAUGGCACGGUGGGCUCCAAAGUUACGCUUUCCUGCUCCUUUUGGUCUAGGGAAUGGAUCUCGGAUGACAUCUCCAUCACUUGGCAUUUUCAGCCAGAAAAUGGCAGAGACUCUGUUUCGGUAAGCAUUUGAAGCAUUUAUCUAGAGCAUUUUUAGCUCAUUCAUUUUGCUCUUCAGUUUAAGAGGGAGAAGCCCCCUGGAACUUGCAAACAUCAGUGAUAGCUUAAAAAUGGAAAUGGACAAAUCCGGUAAGGAUCCAAGAAGGAAUACAACACAACAAUCAAUUGGGGGAGAGAGAGAGAGAAGUGCCUUUUUAUUCAUUAUUGUUGCAACAAAGUACAAGAUAACGUUGUCCUGUACAUUUUGUUAGGGACUUUAAGAGAUAAGCUCUUUCCCCUUAUGCCUUUUGAUUAUAUAUACAAUAUACUCAACAAAUUAGAUUAUUACGGCAUUAUAUACAUGCAUAUAUUCCCAUGUUGUGCAUUGCUGAACAUUUCCAAUAAAAAUAAAAGGUGGGGAAGGGAGAACCAAAAUAUUGGUGUAAGACUGUCACUGCCCAUAGAUCUACGAAGAAAAAGGGAAUGAGAAGGAGGAGGGAAAAAGAGCAAACCCAGGCACUAGAUCCUAAAUACAGAAUUAUUGUAAUGGCCAGAUGGAAUAGGAAGAUGGAAGGAGAGGAGCUAAACAUUUGUGGUCUGACAGGGGCCCUGAAAUCCCAUCUUCCUCUCCCUCCUGUGUCAUCAUGUUUAGAGAUGAGCAAAGCUCUCUUUUUCAGUUUUUCUGUUUCUUAUUUUCCCACUCUUAACAUACAUGCUUGUCCACAAUUUUCCUGGCACAUUUUUGCACUGCAAUUUUCAUUAAUAUAUUGCAUUUUUGUAUGUUAGGUUUACCAGUACUGCAUCUUAUGCACAAUUUACUGUUGUUCUUAUUAAUGUUAUGAAUUGCUCCCAAUGAAGCAUCCUGAUGCAAUUUAUGACAUGUAGUUUGCCAUGGGUGCUGAGAGUUGUCAGGAGACACCCCCCACUCACAGAGCUACAGUUCCCAGCACCCUUAAAAAAUGACAGUUCCCAGGAUUCUUUUGGAGGCGGGGAGCCAUAACUGUUAAAGCAGCAUCAGAGUGUUUUAAAUAUAUGCUGUAGCUAUGAUCUAACUGGCUUCUGGAGUCCUUCCCAGCCUUAUCUGGAGAGCUGGGACCUUCUGAAUGCAAAGCAGCCAUUCUAUCUCUGAGCUGCAGCCGUUUCUCAAGGGCACAUCCACACCUCCUGACCGUAUCUCAUCCCACCUUAGAUAUUCCACUAUGCCAAAGGCCAACCUUACAUAGAUGACAUUGGACGCUUCAAGGAGCGCAUUGAGUGGAUUGGCAACCCUCGCUGGAAAGAUGGUUCCAUCGUCAUCCAUAACCUGGAUUACAUAGACAACGGCACCUAUACAUGUGAUGUCAAGAACCCCCCUGACAUCGUGGGGAAGUCGUCUCAGGUCUUGCUCUACGUCUUUGAAAAUGGUAAGGUUUCCCUUCCAGGUGAAAGGUCUGCUCAUAUUGGUAUGCAGAGCACAGCUUGUGAAUCUGGUUAAGAGAGCAGACUUUACCUGCUGCGCUCACACAGAGAUGCUUGUAGGGUAAGAAAACAACACAGCUGCUUAUGAUAGGAAGUACAAAGCUUGGAUAGAAAAGUUUCUAGUUCCAAAAUGACUAAUCUAGAGAAUGCAAGGGCAACCAUGCUUCCUUUUUCUCUCUCAGAUGGUAGAUCCAAGGUGACCCAUCAUCUUUAAGUCCGAGAGAAGUGUGAGGAGGAAGACGUUGUAAGCAGGAUACAGCUUAAGAGGCAACUUAAGUUGUAGCUGGACUACAACUCUCAUAAUUCCUUACCAUGGUGCCUGGAGCUGAUGGAGUACUGCAACAUAUGUUCCCCACUUCUAAGUUAGGAGUUGGCCCAGGGGUGGAGUAGAGUUAGGGGGCAUCCAGGAGAGAUAUGAAUGCGUAUAAAAGAGUCUGAAUACUUGCUAAGGAAUUAAAACACAGUAUAUGAAGUCAGAAAACUAGAGUUAUAAGAACACUGCAUGGAUGCUAGGAAUCGAACCUGAAACCUGCUGCCUGCAAAGCAGAUGCAAAAGCCCUUCUCUUCAGCAGCUUAGGCAGAAGCAGAAACUUAAGCAAAGACCUUACGCUAAAGACACAUUGCUCUGUCUGAAGAGAAAGGUCUGUGGCCAGGGCUUUAUAGGGCCUGGAGGACAGUGAUUGGCUCUUGUGAGGUCAGCUGACUGAUGACUCAGGUGACCCCCUAGAGAACCAAAAAACUCAGCCCAAGAAUGGCCAGGAGGACCAGGUUUGGCCCCGGUGUUUGGAGGCUCCCCAUCCCAGGUGCAGGUGGUGCUUGUGGGCUGGAAGCUCCAGUGCAAUGUCUUUUUAAUUUUAAACAGCAAAUUUCUCCCUUCUUCUGCUUCGUAGUACCUACCAGGUAUGGUGUUGUGUUGGGAGCUGUCAUUGGAGGUGUUCUGCUCGUGGUCUUUGUUGUGUUGGUGAUCGCCUAUCUCAUCCGGUAUUGCUGGCUGAGGAGACAAGCCACUCUGCAGCGGAGACUCAGGUAAAGCGCCCAGGAGGAUGGACAUGUCAUAGAAGGGUGUCGCCCUGGCUGCUAUAUAUACACACUCCUUACUUGCUAGAUUUUUAAGGGCAUGGAGAAUGCUUCGUUCAGAGACUUCCCUCCACUACAGUGCCAGGAGCUGUAGUCACCGGGAUCUAUGACAUUUGCUAUGCCCAUUUAUUUAAAUACUUAUAGAGCACAUCACAAAAUAUUGUGAGGCAGUAGGCAACCUAGAAGCACAUAAUGCUACAGUAAAAACAAUUUUAAAAGUGAAACAUCACAGGGAAAUCUGGUUGGCAGAGAGUCUCAGGUUCAAAAGUCCUGUCCAAAUAGUACAGUUUCCAGAAGAUAUCUGAGAGAGAGGAGGGAUGACUCCUGAACAAAUUUGUAUUGGCAAGGAGUUCCACAGGGCAAGGCCUGCCACACUAAAGUCUUGGGAUGGGCGGGGUAUAAAUAAUAAAUUAUUAAUAUUAUUAUUAUUAGCCCUUGAUAAAGGCCAGCCGGACCUCAGGGGCAUGGGGGAUGGCCAAAAUUGCCCUGAGGGCAAGACCUCAGCAGUUGAGAUUGAGGGCAGCUGUGUGCCCUCAUUCAUAGAGGAAGUCUGGCACAAGUCCAGUCUAAACAUGAAGUCUGAUGCUGCCCAUCAACCCUUGAGCAGCAAACUGAGCAAGCAGGCAAGCACACAAGUCACCUGAGCCACAUUUGCACCAUACAUUUAAAUCACUAUAAGACCACUUAAACAGUCAUGGCUUCCCUCUCAAAAUCCUGAGAGCUUUUAGGCCCCUUGCAGAGAUAUAAUUCCCAAAAUGGUUUAACAAUCAUUCCCUCUUACCAUGGAACUAUGGGAAUUCUAUAUCUGCAGGGGGAAUAAGGGGUCUGCUAACAACUCCCUUAAUGAACUACAGCUCCCAUAAUUCUUUGGGGGAAGCUAUGAAUGUUAGAAGUGGUGGCACAGUGCUUUAUAUGUUUGGUGUGAAUGUGGCCCUGGUCACACAGGCUUGCACCUCUCCGGGGAGAUGUAUUUCUAAUUAAAUAACAUUAAUUAUUUCUAAAGCUGCAUCUAUGCAUAUAAAUAAGCAUGUGAAAAACUUAGGAAAACCUGAAUUCUCCUUUUUCCCCUUUGGCAAUGUGUAGCCCUUUCCUCGCUUGCACAGAAACAUAUCCGAUGUGAGGGACCAUUCAUGCAUUCCAGUAAGCACAGAGGGCAUGACUUGUUUCUGCUUCCAUUUCAUUUCAGCGCUAUGGAGAAAGGGAAGUUGAGGCUGGGCAAGGAUUCUUCAAAAAGAGGCCGUCAGGUGAGUGUGUGUGUGUGAGAGAGAGAGAGAGAGAGAAAGGGAGGGAGGGAGGAGAGGAAAUGUGUCGGGGGGGGGAAUGAGUGGGAGGCAUAAUAUAUUAUGCUGGUUUAAGAAACCUGUACCAUGACCACACCAAACAUUAAAAGGGCAUGGCUUCCCCAAAACAAUCCUGGGAACCUUAGUUUGUUAAGGGUGCUGGGAAUUGUAGUUUCAGUAGGGGUAAGCUACAGUCCCCAGGUUUUUUUGUGGGAAACCAUGUGCUUUAAAUAUAUGUUUCAAUGUAACACCAGUCAUCAGAGCGUAAUAACCUCAUGGAUCAGGCCAGUGGCCCAUCGAGUCCAGCAUCCUGUUCUCACAGCGGCCAACCAGAUGCCUGAGGGAAACUCAAAAUCAGGACUCAAAAACAAGAACCACCGUAUUUUUCGCUCUAUAAGACGCACCUUUUCCCUCCAAAAAAGUAAGGGGAAAUGUGUGUGCGUCUUAUGGAGCGAAUGCAGGCUGUGCAGCUAUCCCAGAAGCCAGAACAGAAGCCAGAUCCCUCUUGCUAUUCUGGCUUCUGGGAUAGCCGCGCGAAGCCUCUUCAGGGCAGAGGGAGCGUUCCCCCUGUCCUGAAGAGGCUUUGCGUUGCUUUCGCAGAAGCCAGAACAGCAAGAGGGGUCGCUGCGCAGCGAAAGCAGCGAUCCCUCUUGCUGUUCUGGCUUCUGGGAUUCAGAAUAUUUUUUUUCUUGUUUUCCUCCUCCCAAAACUAGGUGUGUCUUAUGGUCUGGUGCGUCUAAUAGAGCGAAAAAUAAGGUAUCUCCUGCCCUGUGGCUUCCACAUGCAGAAGUAUGACUGCCUCUGACAGUCGAUGCAGAGCAUAGCUCUCUUGGCUAGUAGCCACUGAUAUCCUCCACCUGGUUGGCUUCUCAAAGGCACCUGGCCUCUGCGGAAAAGGAUGCAGGCAUAGGCAAGCAGGCCCACAUUUUAUGGCUUCCUGCGUGGUGACAAGACUCUCUUUUCCCUCCCUGUUUCCCCUCUCCUGCUGAAUUCUUCCCUCUUCUCCUGUAGCAACCCGUCCUGUACGCCAUGCUGGACCACAGCCGCCUCACCAAGUCGGCAAGCGAUAAGAGGUCCAAGAAAUAGCGGUUAGCCGGCAGGGAAGGUACCCAGAAGAAGGUGGGCGAGAAGAAGGUCGUCAUGACCAUCGAGAUGGAACUGAAGAGGGACCAACUCGAGGCCGGAGGCCUCAAGCCCGCCGUCAAGUCCCCAAGCAAGAACAGCCUCAAAAACGCCCUCAUGAACAUCAUCAAAAGCGAUUCGGAAAAGUGAUUGGAUACUGAAAAGGUGGCGAUGAUCCCAGCCCUCCGUCCUGAGGAGAGAGGCCUGGGAUAGUCUCCCCUGCAUCCAACCCUCUUGGUUUUGUAUCCCGCCAUGUUCUUACACACUUCUUUAUAGCCCAUCUAGUCCGGGGCGGAUGGGAUUUGGGCAUAUUCCUGCCCAGUCUCUGUCCCUAUUAAGAUAUUGAUGGAGAGCCUUUCGCAUCAUAUAUGUAUAUCCAAAGCAUAGGGAAUUUGCACCCACCUAAGUGACUUAACAUUAUUAAUAACUCCUAGGACGUUGUGUGCACAUUAAAACCAUGAGGCAAACUGAGGCAGGGUAAUCCUAGGGAACAAACUAUGCCCUCUCCCCAUUAUGAUGUGCCUCUUCUUCUCUUUUAAGUCUAGAAACAGGCUGGUUCAACAUCUUGGAACACCAUCACACCCAUGCUUUGCUACUCAGAGUAGACCCACUGAAAUUAAUGACCCUGGAUAAGUUAGGUUCAUUAUUUCGACAGAUUUACUCUGAGUUGAAUACCAUGCAGAUACUUUUUUUCUGAGGCACAGGCGACUCUCCUGAGUGACCCAGUCUCGCCACUGUCAACUUCAAGACCUCCAUGCGAAAGCUGUAGAUAGACAACAGACCGGGCUUAUUUUCUGGUUUUCUAAUGGGAACCUGGCCUUCUGUUUAGGGUGAAACUUCAUCCUGAACUACAGAGCUCCAACUCCCAUCAGUCACUAGGCCCGAUACGAUGCCUUGAGGCCUGGAUAGACAGGUGUCCUCCUACUUCUAGUUUUCCUCAAAAUCCCCCAAAAUAUUGGCAAGAAAGACAUGCAACCUCCCCAGACAGGGGUACCUUCUACUGCCCAAACGGCUGUGACACAACCCUCUUCCGCUCGGUGUUUUUCGAGCACAGGUGUAUUUUUUUUCCUAUUCCCCACCCCCUUUUAAUCCAAGGAUCAAAUAUAUAUAUAUAUAUACACGUGUCUCUGAGAUUCAGAAGGAUGGUUUAGCUCCCUUCCCCAAUUGCAGGUCACCCCACCCCACCAUUGUCUGUUUACUUCAGCCCCUGUUUGGCUGCAUAUAGGUGAAAAUGCUAAUUUUCUGGAAGGCAAGAUAGUAUUUUGCUGGUGCUCCAUCUCUGCCUAACCUUCAAGCUCUCUUUUGCCCCAAUUUUUUGGGGGGCAAAAAAGCAAAAGCACACCACAGGGGGUUAUCAACGGAAUAAGGCACAAUGCAUUUGCCACAGAAUUUCGCUUUAGACACAGUCAGGGGCUCCUGCUUUGAGCGAAGCAUCUGAGGAAUUUCUGGAGAAGUGAGAAAAACAAAGCACCCCCGAAUUUCCUCAGGGAGGGGGUUUCGCCCAUCUCCAGGUUGUCACCAGAUUUUGCCCAAAGCUGAAUUCUAGGCAAAGGGUGAAGGUUUGAGGGGGGGGGGACAAUGAGGGGUUUUGAUAAGAAAAAUGCCUCAGGCAGAUUCCCACGCAUCCUUAUGCCUCUCCUUCCCUGCCUUUAUCAUUGAUAUUCUGGUUCAUUCUGCAUCUUCACUAAUCCCCUUGAGGGGAAUUAAGCCAUCCUGGAAACAAGCCUUCUCAACAGUGGUUCAACCUUACAGUGUGAUCCCCAACCCACAGGAGGGUUGUUAUUAGUUAUUAUUAACCACUGAUAUAUUUCUGUUAGUCUCUCUUUCCCCGGUGACCGAACGCCACAUGACGUCACACGGUUAAUACCUCUUCAUAUUGAGGCCUCAGUCUUUCACCUUCUAUGUCCUCAUUUCUUUUUUAUGAUGUGUCCUCGUCUGUUUUCAGAUUAACUCUUGUUACCCAGGACAACACGCUCCGUAACUUAGUAGGCCCAAUGGCCACCAAGUGAACAACAACAACAAAAAAGAUCUGGAGGCCAGUCGUUCUGCUAGGCCAGGAAAACGCCAUACUGUUGAGGAAGGGCCCCUACCCAAACUCGUACUUGCAUUUGGACAUACUAUUGCAUCCUCUGCUAUAUCAUAUAUGCACACUUUCCCCCCACAAUGCUUCAGAAUCUUCCUUUUCAGUUGUGAGCAAGGAAUCUAACAACACUGGCGUGUGGUAGGGCCUAGCAAAUAGAUUCAUCUCCAUAGAUAUGUAUAUAGCCAACCACAAGCACACACAUACUUUCUGCGUAGCAGUCAACUGCCUUUGUGUUUUGGUUUUCUUGUUCUUAAAUGUUAUGUAAAAUGGUGUAUUUUGUUUCCUUUUUGGGGGGGGGUAGUGGGGCUUUCUCAACUUUGUGUACAUUCUCUCAAAAUCAGCAGCAACAACCAAAAAUGAUACAUGACACAAUUAAAAAAAAGAAGGGAAGUUAAUAAAAAGACUGACAUUUCUAUA